AUGUCACCUACUAUCCAGAUAACUGCCGACGCCAUUAAUUGUCUAAUCUAUGCCUACUUCCAGGAUUCCGGCUUUCAGCAUAGCGCAUUUGUGCUUCGUGCUGAAGGACGACUAGAACAUUCUUCUCAUUUCGGCAAGCAUGUGCCACGGGGAGAGCUCGUGGAACUACUUAGCAAGGCACUACUAUACAGCGAGGUGGAAGCUCAUUGGAAAGGCAGCGUCAUGACCGCAAACUGUAAAAGCGCAUUUUCCCUACUAGAGCAGCAUAUCUGCUCUCCGGAUCCUUCACUACCUGCAACUUCAACGUACGACCAAUCGCAGCAAAUGUCUCCGAUGUCGGAAAUCGGGCAGCAGACUUCUUCCCACCCACACGCAAACGGAGUCGCGGACUCUUCCAUCAAGCGAAAAGCGAGUACUCCAAUCACUGACGAGACGCUGGUGGAGAAACGCCCAAGAACUUCUGCUGCUUCGGAGGACAUGGACGUGGACAGCAUUGCUUCGUCGUCAGUUGAAUCAAAGCAAGUCGAUGUAAAGGCCUCUGCUUCAGGUCGUGGCGGUACUGAAUUGCGACCCGUCGGAAAGCGGCCGCAAGGCCCUGCGGAUGAUGUUACUGAUCCAAGUGUCGUCAGUCUUCUGAAAGGCCACAAAACCGAGGUCUUCGUCUGUGCGUGGAAUCCAACCAAAAAGAGUACACUAGCUUCUGGUUCAAGAGACACUGUCGUGCAUUUAUGGAACGUCCCGGAUGCGAGGCCCGUAAUAUCUAGCAUACCACCCAAAAUUGGCCCUCCUAUGACCCUAGCAUAUCCUUCAAAAUCCGAACAAGGUGAUCUCACUUCGCUAGAUUGGACACGAGACGGCUCCCUGCUUGCGAUCGGCUCGUACGACGCAAUAUUACGCGUAUGUACGACGUCUGGCGAACUGUAUUUCUCACACACGCAGCACGAGGGGCCAAUAUUUGCCACUCGCUUUUCAAGAUCGGGCCGUUGGCUUCUGACUGCAAGUCUGGAUGGUACCGCUUGCGUUUGGGAUGUCGCUGAGAAACGAUUGCACAAGCAAUUUCAAUGUCACAAAGACGUGGAUUGGCUCACAGAGGAUUUAUUUGCAAGUUGUGGAGCAGACGGCAAAAUCCAGAUCAUGAGUUUGGAAACUUCUCGACCCCCCAAAACGCUUCUUGGGCAUACUACCGAGGUCAAUCAGAUCAAAUGCAGUCCAACGCGAACGAAGAUCGCGUCAUGUUCAGACGACCAAACUGCACGGAUAUGGAAUAUAGAGGAUGUCGUGUAUUCUCGUCCGUCAAAUGACGAUGUAAUGGUCUUGAAAGGUCAUACAAACACAGUCAGCUCAAUCGCAUGGUGCCCAGUAACCGUUGAGGGCGAACAUGAGCUUCUUGCGACGUCGUCGUUUGACGAUCACAAAAAACAUGUAUAUGCUUUGGCGUUCAGUCCCGACGCUCGAUUCUUUGCGACUGGGGGAGGUGACGGUUGGUUACACGUAUAUGAUGUUAAGGCUAGGCAAAAACGCUGGUCGUGGUAUGCGGGCUCUGAGAAGCCCGGCAUCUUCGAGAUUGACUGGCAACAAUCGGGAAACAUUAAUCGGAUGGCUUUGGCACUGGAGUCCAACCAGGUCGGUGUUGUGGAUGUGACGCGAGUACCGUUCCUUCAAUGA